GCGGUGCACACUCAAACAGUGUGCGUAAUGGCUGCCUGAAGGAGUAAGUGAAUUAAGAUGCUCCGUCUCUUCUUCUUUUAAUUUGACCAUAACAAACGGAUAACGUCAAGACAUCGGUGUUUAAAAUGGUUUAUACUCAUCCAGAGACGCAGCCAAAGACGAAAUCUAACAGCGUGAAGUGAUUAACCGACGUUUUAGGUUGAGGCCUGUUCGGUGCCCUGCUGGUCAAGGCGAUGAAGGCCCGUGUGGAGGCGGUUCUAAACGUGGGUCUGCGGAUCCCCAGCAUCAUGCUGCUAGAGGUGCUGUACCGCUGGGACGUCAGCUCCUUCUUCCAGAAGAUCCAGAGGAGCAGUCUCAACAAUAAUCCUCUCUUCCAGUACAAAUACAUUGCCCUGUACCUGCAUUAUGUCGGCUACAUCCUCAGUCUGGUGUUGUUGACUUUACCCCGGCAGCAUCUGGUACAGCUCUACCUCUACGUGCUCACAGCUCUUCUGCUCUUCGCUGGACACCAGCUCUCCAGGGAUUACGUACGUGGAGAACUGGACUCGGGUUAUGAAGGACCCCUCUACCUGGAGCCACUGUCCAUGAACCGCUUUACCACAGCACUCAUCGGUCAGGUCGUGGUGUGUACGCUGUGUUCCUGCGUCAUGCAGACCAAACAGAUCUGGCUGUUUUCUGCACACCUGCUCCCCCUAGUGGCUAGACUGUGCCUCGUGCCCCUGGAGACCAUCGUCUUCAUCAACCGCUUCGCUAUGAUCUUCACCGGUCUGGAGGUGCUCUACUUCAUCGCCUCCAACCUGCUGGUGCCGUACAAUCUGGCCAAAACUGCCUACAGAGAGCUGGUGCAGGUGGUGGAGGUGUAUGGUUUGCUGGCUCUGGGCAUGUCUCUGUGGAAUCAGCUGGUUCUGCCUGUUCUCUUCAUGUGCUUUUGGCUGGUGCUGUUUGCACUGCAGAUCUACACCUACUUCAGCACACGGGACCAGCCGCCCUCCCGAGAGAGGCUUCUCUUCCUGUUCCUCACCAGUAUCGCUGAGUGCUGUAGUACUCCUUACUCUCUGCUGGGGCUGGUCUUCACUGUGUCUUUCGUGGCGCUGGGCGUCCUCACACUCUGCAAGUUCUAUCUACAGGGAUAUAGAGCUUUCAUGAAUGACAAUGCCGUGCACAGGGGCAUGACGGAGGGCAUCACUCUCCUGAUCUUGGCUGUUCAGACUGGCCUCAUUGAGCUGCAGGUCAUUCACAGAGCUUUCCUCCUCAGCAUCAUCCUCUUCGUCGUGGUGGCUUCCAUCCUGCAGUCCAUGCUGGAGAUUGCUGACCCCAUAGUUCUGGCCCUGGGGGCUUCCAGAGACAAGAGUCUGUGGAAGCACUUCCGAGCAGUAAGUCUUUGUCUUUUCCUGCUGGUCUUCCCUGCUUACAUGGCUUACAUGAUCUGCCAGUUCUUCAAAAUGGACUUCUGGCUGCUCAUAAUCAUCUCCUCCAGCAUCCUCACAUCACUGCAGGUUCUUGGCACACUUCUGAUCUACAUCCUCUUCAUGGUGGAAGAGUUUCGUAAGGCUCCUGUUGAGAACAUGGAUGAAGUCAUCUACUGUGUCAAUGGGACCUACCGGCUCCUGGAGUUCCUGGUGGCCGUCUGCGUGGUGGCCUAUGGUGUCUCAGAGACCCUGUUUGGAGAAUGGACUGUAAUGGGCUCCACCAUCAUCCUGGUUCACUCUUAUUAUAACGUGUGGCUAAGGGCCCAGCUGGGCUGGCAGAGCUUCCUGUUGCGCAGAGAUGCAGUUCACAAGAUCCAAAACAUGCCCACUGCUUCCGCGUUACAACUCCAGCAACAUAAUGACAUCUGUUCUAUAUGCUUUCAGGAUAUGAAGUCUGCUGUCAUUACGCCAUGCAGCCACUUUUUCCAUGCUGCCUGCUUAAAGAAGUGGCUGUACGUGCAAGAAACGUGUCCUCUCUGCCACGGCCAGCUCAAAAACCAAUUACAGCUAGCGAGCUCUCCAGUAGCUGCCAAUCAGAACCCAGCAGAGGUGGAGCAGGAGCAGGGUGAGCCACAGGUCGAGCUGGACACUGAGGAAGGCACCCAAGCAAAAAACACUCCUCCCAUGAAAACCUCAGCCGAGCCAGAACUUGGAACGGACUUGCUAUCGGGGAGCUCGAAAAUCCAGCCCAAAGAAUGUGAUACAGAGGCAGAGAGCAGCACCAGCCCAGAUGCUGAUUUGAAUGAUAAUGGUUCGUGCAGCACGUCAGAUGUCCAUUCCUCUUCAUGAGCAAAUGACAUCCUUAGGUGUUAGGUGUUGCCACAAAUACUUCAGAUUGCCAAGGUUGAGGACUCCAUUAGAAGACGAUAAAAUAAAAGUUCUGUCAUCAUUUACUCACACUCUUUUUGUGGAACACAAAAGAAGAUAUUUAGAAAUUUGUUCCAGCUGCUCUUUUCCAUAUAAUGAAAAGGGGACAAAGGCUGUAAUAUCGAAGCUUAUUCCCACCACAGAAUAAAAAAUAAUUGCUACUAAUUAUCUGACAAUUUGGACUGCCUCGCAAUUCUAAAAACAUUCAAAAUUGCAAAAUAUUGACUCUCAAUACUGAGUUUUUUUUUCCUGCCAUGGAAUAAAAAGUUUGUGUUGUGAGUUUAAUCUUUCAUUUACAAGUUAGCAUCCUGCAAUUCUUUUUUUUUUUCUUUCUCUUUUUCGGUGAAUUCUAAAUUUACAUCUUGUAAUAGUUUUUUCUGCAAUUGCGACUUUUCGUCUCACAAUUAUGCGUUUGGAUCUCAGAGUUGAAUUUUGAGUUUAUAUCUUGGCAAUUGCAAGUUAACAUUCUGCAGUAAUUACUUUUUUCCUCUGAUUUCUAAGUUAACAUCUUGCAGUUUUUUUCGGCCACAGAUAAUAAAGGUAACUGUGACUUUUUAUCUCGCAAUUGUGAGUUUAUAUUUUACAAUUGCAAGUUAACAUUCCACGGUUGUGACUUUUUUUUUUUUUUUUUUUUUUUUUUUCUGAAAUCUGAGUUUACAUUUCGCAGUUUUCUUUUUUUUUCGCCACAGAAUAAAAAAGGUAAUUGCGACCUUUUUUUCUCACAAUUGAGAUUUUUUUUUUCCUGGAAUUGCAAUUUUAUCUCUCACAAUAACAGAAGUCAGCAAGCAAAGAAUUCAGAAUUGUGAAAUAAAGUUGCAAGGAAGGUUUUUUUUUCUUUUUCUUCCAUACUGUGAAAAUAUCUCCUUACAAUUCAAAAUAUCCUAAAGCUUUUUUAUAGUCUGCUAAACUUCUUCUUUUGUGUUCCACAAAAGAACACUGAACGAAUUUGAAAUGGCAUGAGUACAGGAUGACUUCUGGAAUGAACUGUCCCUUUAUGUUGGUCACAUGUCUCUCAGCUCAAGGAUGCAUUUCAUACGAUCUGUUCACAUUAUUGCUGGUCAAAAGACAUUUCAGAAGACUGCCCUACAGAGACGAAGCUUACUAACUACACAUCUUGUGCAUGUUAACAUUGAGUUACUAGUGUAGCUAGUGUAACAAUUCAAUCAAGCUUUUUCUCAGAUUGAGUGAUGGUGUAGGUACAGUGUUUCACCUCUGUGGGGCGUAGUCGUUUUUUAAUAAGCAUCCAUUUGACUGAAAAUGUACAUCAUCUCUAUGGAGGUAAUGGAUGAUUCUCGAUUCUUAUGCUAUACUAUUUUGUAGAAGUGUGUGUGUGUGUGUAUAAAUGUGUUUUGGAAGCGCAUCCCAAAUGAGCCACUGUAAAAUCCAGACCCUGGCAAAGUCAAACUGAGGAAUGUUAUUUAAAGUGCCAUUGAGCCAGUUGAUCUAUGUUUUAUCACAGUGCGCCUCUUGUUAUUUACCCCAGUUAUAAAGGGAUCUCCGAGGCUGGGCGGCUUUUUCAUCUAUAUAUUUGUCACUCUUUAUCAUGUGUCAGAAAUAACGUUAAGUUGUCAGUUUGGCAGUUGGCUUGAUUCCUGGAAGCGAGCAUUUUCAAAGCGUAUUGCAGACUACAUAAACUAAACCUGUUUUCUGGUUUUAAAGAACAUUAGUGGGAAGACAAUACAUUUCUUUAUAUUCUUUAUUAAUAUUCAGUGGAUGUUCUAUUAAGGCCAUCUUGCGUUUGCCCGCUGUAAAACUGGCAUGUUUUUUUCAGUGAGUGAUGUUUAGUGUCAAAUCUCAAAAUCAAGCCACGGUUCAGGUUUGGUUUGUUUUUUUUGAAAGUUUUGAUUUUCACAUUAAUAUUGGCUGUUGACUAAUCAGUUUGUAUCAUCAACAGCACUUCAUUUAGUCAUUGGAGAAUUAUUUUGCCAUUACUUUUGUCAGGAGUAUGCUCCAUUUUGUUUGCUAGAGAUGUCAUGCCAUACUAUGUUUGCACUAAUGUCAUUUAUAGCGAAUAAUAUUUUGUCUUGUUGGGCAACAAAUGCUUACAGAGCAGAUGAAGUAUAGCUCAUUAUAAAUGUGUACAUAUAUGGGCAAAUAUAUUCCUUUGUAUAUUCUUUUAUGGUGAUUUUGAUAGGCCACACAGUGUUAAAGCAGCAGUGAACAUUAUGAAGUGUCUUGAGGAACGUGUGAACACUCUCAAAAGUGGGAUUGUUCCUGAGGACACAGAUUUGUUUUGUGUUUUUGCUGUUUUUUAAAAGAUGCAUUUCAGAAUGACAAAUUUGUGUGCAUGAAUACAUGUGAUGUGUGAGCAAACACAAAUGACAUUCGAAACAUUCUGUAUCAAGUAAUUUUUGUACAAUUUUCGUCAAAGAAAAUAAAUUGAAAUGUAGCUAGAACAAA